AUGGGCGCUGCAAUGGCGCCCAUGUAUGCAAAUGCAUAUAUUCAUAUAUUUGAGAAACAACAUAUUUUACAUCCAUAUACAGAACAGAUUGUACAAUAUGUACGCUUUAUCGAUGAUAUUUUGAUCCUCUGGAAGGGCUCUGUAAUGGAGGCUGAACAAUUUGUACAGGACAUUAACAGCCUAUCAAGUCCAAUUAAAGUUACAGCCAAUAUCAACGAAACAAUUGUUCAAUAUCUGGAUUUGGAGAUUUUCAUCAAGGAUGAUAAAAUUGAGUAUCAACUUUAUUCGAAACCCACGGACAGAAACACCAUACUCCAUUUUAUGAGUGCACAUCAGGAACAUAGUAAGAAAUCCUUACCGUAUACUCAGUUCUUACGAGUAUUUUGA